CAGAUUUUUUAAGUCUGUGUUUCAGCUCACGCUCUUUGAGAUGUAAUUAUUCUGUACAUACAUUUGUACACUCAUCUACGUAAAUAAUCCGCUCGACUGUCUGUCUCAGGUCGUUCCUGGGCAUCCCGGCUCUUUCCGUUAAUUCUGUUCUCAGACGUGCGCACACGUAUUUGAUCCCUUUGCGCACUUUUGAGAGGAUCCCUGAGCCAUUGCCGCUGUGCACAAGUUGAGAAGCGAGCGCUGGAGACUGGAGGCAGCAAGCAGACUGGCCGUUUACUCGCCUGUCCGUCGGCGCACGGUAUCACAGAGACUGACGGGACGGCCAGCCUGGGAGAUGGACCUUGCAUGCGAGCGAAGCGUCAAGACGAGUCGGACCUUCUCGCAGCAGCGACGAGACAGAGACGUGACCCGCUCGUCCGGGCAGCUAAAGCGAGCGGAGGGAGUGCAGUGAGCUAUAACAGUCUGCGCAAGAAAAGCCGGCAGGGCUGAACAGAGAGACGGACGCGACUGACCAGAGCGACCGAUGUCGAUGUGGAUGGCCAGUGUGGGCGCCUGUCCAGGGUGCAUGGCGGAAUAAUGCAACCCCCACAGCAGAACAUGGCGCCCCCAUCACUAUGCCCGUGGAUAUUCAUCAUAGGCCUGGUAUGCAUGAUGGCUACUACAUCCUGCCAAGGAUGCCCAGCACGGUGUGACUGUGCCCCACAGGUGAAGUCUGUUGUGUGUCAUCGUAAACGUCUCAAUUCCAUCCCUGAGGGCAUCCCAACAGAGACCAGGCUGUUAGACCUGAGUCGCAACCGACUGCGCUGUGUCGGGUCUGGAGAUCUUUCCCCCUACCCUCUGCUUGAAGAGAUUGACUUCAGUGAGAACAUCAUCUCCAUCCUCGAACCAGGGGCUUUCGCCAACCUCUUUAAUCUGCGCAUCCUGAAGCUCAGAGGCAACCAGCUGAAACUCGUCCCAAUGGGGGCUUUUGCAAGGCUGUCCAACCUCACUCAGCUGGACCUCAGUGAAAACAAGAUUGUCAUACUCCUGGACUUUACCUUUCAAGACCUGAAGAACCUACGAAGCCUGGAGGUGGGAGACAACGACUUGGUCUACAUCUCUCACAAAGCCUUCAGUGGGCUAGUGGGCUUGGAAGAGCUGACGAUUGAGAGGUGCAACUUGACUGCCAUCUCAGGACAGUCGUUGUCCUACCUGAGAGGCUUAGUCACCCUUAGGCUGCGCCACCUCAAUAUUGCUUCCCUAGAAGAUCAGAAUUUUAGGAGACUGUCUGGCCUCCGUGAACUGGAGAUUGAUAACUGGCCCCAACUGGAGUACAUCUCGCCCAACAGCUUCCAGGGUCUCAAUCUCUCCUGGCUUUCCAUCACCAACACUAAUAUCACAUCUGUACCCUCAGUGGCAUUUCGCAGCUUGGCUUAUCUAUCCUGUCUCAACCUCUCCUACAACCCCAUCAGCGUGCUGGAAUCAUGGGCUUUCCGUGAUCUGGUCCGCCUUAAAGAGCUCCACCUGGUCAGCACCAUGUUGGUGUCAGUGGAACCACUGGCCUUUGGGGGCCUCCGGCAGAUACGUGUCCUCAAUGUUUCCAACAACUUCCUGAUUACUCUGGAGGAGAGCGCCUUCCAUUCAGUCAACAGUCUGGAGACCCUGCGCAUAGACAACAAUCCCUUGGCCUGUGACUGUCGUCUGUUGUGGAUCCUGCAAAGACGCAAGACCCUCAAUUUCGACGGCAGGCAGCCCAUAUGCGCAGGGCCUGUGGAAGUCCAAGGCAAUGCUCUCAGUACUUUCUCGGAUGCAGUGCUCUUUGACUACUUCACCUGCCAGAAACCCAAAAUCAGGGACCGCAAGCUGCAGCAUCUCACGGUGAAUGAGGGCCAACCGGUGUCCUUCCUGUGUCGUGCCGAUGGGGAACCCCAGCCAGCAAUUAUCUGGGUGUCACCCCAGAGAAGGAAAAUCACCACCAAGAGUGCCGGCCGCAUAACAGUCCUGCCAGGAGGAACCUUAGAGAUCCGCUUUGCCCAAGUGCAUGACAGCGGCACCUACAUUUGUAUCGCCAGCAAUGCCGGAGGCAACGACACGUACUUUGCUACACUGACAGUAAAGAGUCAGCCUAUGGAUUCGGUUCUGUACGCAAACCGUACCUUCUACCUGGCAGACUACAAUGAGUCCAGCCUGAACGACACCAGAGUCUUCCUCAAGUUUACCCUUGACCUCAAAACCAUUUUGGUCUCCACAGCCAUGGGCUGCAUCACCUUCCUAGGGGUGGUACUCUUUUGCUUCCUCCUGUUGUUUGUGUGGAGUCGGGGCCGCGGGCAGCACAAGAACAAUUUCUCUGUGGAGUAUUCCUUCCGAAAGGUGGAUGGGCCGACCACUAGCGGGAGCCAGGGAGGGACCAGAAAAUUUAAUAUGAAGAUGAUCUGAAAUUACGCAGCCAGGAGCUCUGCCAUGGAGGAGUGAGAGGGUCUAUGUUGCGCACUUUGAGCGUGCUAUAGAACCAGCAAGGAGAGGCCAAACUAAAUUGGUAGCAGGGUGGUCCCCUGGAGACUUAAGGGGUCUCCUUUUAAGGAGAUCCCACAAUUAGGAUUUCACUCUUGGAUAAUGUGAAUGCUAUUUGGUCACAUUCCCUGGUUAAGGAAAAAAUAAAUAAAUAAUAAUCUUUAAACGAUCUGCAAUCCCAAAUGGUGUACAAAAUUGCUACACAUUUAUGGGAAUAAAUGAACAAGCAGUGAAGCAGAUCCGACUCCCUGCUGGUCACGAUGCAACAUAGGGUUACCGCACAGGCUGCAGUUUUUUACUGGGCGGGAGCAGAAAACUGGUUGUCCUUCCCAGUAACGCAGCCCGUCCUGCCGUGCUUCUUUCGGGGACAGGGAAAGAAGCCCAGACUGCAGAGCCACAGUGGGGUUCAGUGCAGGAAGUGGGCACACGGGUUGCGUCAAACUGCCAGCUAGUAUGGUAGCAACUGCCCCUCACCCCACCCCACCCAUGCCCCAGUCUUCCACCGACAUAGUUAACUGGGCCUGUCUUUCAGAGCCUCUGGCUGGGAAUGAGCAUUUCUCAUUACCCAUAGAAAACCCAGUUUUUUCCUUUUUGAACGCUGGCAUUUCACCUCUCCAGUCGGUGGUUAGGGGUGGGCAGUAGACGGAUCGGCCUGGGUGACAAUACUUAAGAAAACUCGACUCUCUGGAGAUUUCCUGGCACCAGUUUAGGCAAAAAUGGCAUGUCUUAGGUGGUUAACCCAGGACUGGAGAGGGUACUUGCCACCCUAGAAGAACAACCCCCUGACAUUCCAAAAAUCUCUGCAAUAACCCAUCCUAGAUAGACCACUUAGAUAGGUUUUGUUGUUUUUUUCUCAUGUAAUGGGGGGGGGGGGGAUGGGGGGGGUUCUGGAUGUUGGCCGGGUUUGGGUGUAGUUAACUCUGAGAGCCGACUAAGAUGCUGCCUUGUGAUUGAGCAAAGUGGCAUCCCAUGGGGACGUCACACUGAGGAACUUCUGCGUCAGAUGACCUGUUGUGGGAUAGCAUCUGGUAUCAAUGAUGUGUAACUCUGCAUCUCCACGGUGACUCACAAUAGAGUACAGAGCAAUAAACAUUUUUUUUUUCGGUACAGGUACUGUUUAAAAAUAAAAUCAGUGAUCCUCAAGUCAUCUGUCAUCCAAAAAACACAAGACAAUUGUCAUGCUCACUGUGACAGUUUUACCCCUCAACUUCUGGGCAUUCUGCCCCACUGCACGAAACGUUUUUUUGACUUUCUGCUUCACCCCAAAGAGCUGAUGAUCCGGGAACUUGGCCAUUGUGAUCGACUCACUGCUGCCACUUGGAUUAGAACUUUUGAAGCCUUGGAGCGAUCCACCAGAAGUGAAGACACAAAUUCACAAAAAUGAAGAGCGCAACAGCUAAAGUCUCUGCCUGGUGCUUUGGAGAAGAAGAAGAACAAGAAAGUAGACGAGCAUCUGUGUGAAUAUCUCAAGGGGGAAAGCUGGUCCUCUGAGAAGCCGAAAUCCGCUACACAUACUCCAUUCUUAAGCAAAAGUUAGCGCUGCUUCCUCCAGAUUCCUGGAUUUAAAUCUCGGACAAGACCAUUCUGUCUGUGUGGAGCCUUAUGUUGCCAUGUUGGCUUUCACCAGGUUUUCAUGGUUGCUUCCACCUCCUAAAGACAUGCAGGUUAAUUUGAUUGGUAACUCGGAAAUUGGCCUGGUGUGCCACCACCUCACUCGACGCUGCUGAGGAGUUCUGGCCCCUCUGUGACCCAAUAAUAGGAUAAU